CGUACGUCUACGUACACCCAAACCCAACCCAAUCUUCGUGUUUGUGACGACGUUUGCGUCUGCGUUGCUUCUUCAGAUCGAUCCCGACCCACACUCACACUAUAAUCUAUUCCAAUCUAAUCUACUCUAUUCUCCAUCCAUUGACUCGCAAUCAGCAGCAGUCUCCGCCGCCGAUUAGGUUCAUAGUUCUGUGGAACCCUAAAGAGAGAUCACACUUUUGGUACAAUGGGAGAAGAAGAUUUCUACACUGAUGAUGGAACAGUGACUCUGAAAAAGAAGCCUGCUGAUAAGAGGAAAACGGGAACUUGGAAAGCAUGCCGCUUUAUUCUCGUGACUGAGGGCUGUGAGAGAUUGGCAUACUAUGGGAUGAGCACCAAUUUGGUGAAUUACCUUACAGAUCGGCUUGGCCAAAACAAUGUAACUGCAUCAAACAAUGUUACAAAUUGGUCAGGAACUUGCUACAUCACACCACUGCUUGGAGCUUUUCUAGCUGAUUCUUAUAUGGGGAGAUAUUGGACCAUUGCCUCAUUCUGUAUCAUCUAUUUUCUUGGUAUGGCACUCUUAACACUGUCUGCUUCGAUUCCGGGCCUCAAGCCAGAAUGUGAUCAUGCGCAUGGUGGAUGUCAUCCAAAAGCGUCGCAAACACUGGUCUGUUUCUUGGCACUAUACAUGAUUGCCCUCGGAACUGGCGGAAUCAAACCGUGUGUGUCCUCCUUUGGAGCAGACCAAUUUGAUCAGAACGAUGAAAAAGAGAAUAAAAAGAAAAGUGGCUUCUUCAACUGGUUUUAUCUCUCUAUUAACAUCGGUGCAUUGAUUGCUUCCUCUGUUCUGGUGUGGAUACAGAUGAAUGUAGGAUGGGAUUGGGGGUUCGGAGUUCCUGCAGUGGCCAUGGGAAUCGCCAUUGUUUUCUUUUUUAUCGGCAGCCAUAGGUAUCGUCUGCAGAAACCAGGGGGGAGCCCCCUCACCCGAAUAGCUCAAGUCUUGGUUGCAUCCACUCGAAAAUGGAAUGUGAAGGUUCCUACCGAUAGCUCCCUUCUCUAUGAAACUGCAGAUCACGAAUCCAACAUCGAAGGAAGUCGCAAGCUCGAGCACACGGACAUAUUGAGGUUUCUUGACAGAGCUGCGGUUGUUUCAGAAAACGAUAAUGUUGAUAUGGUGAAAGGAAAAGUGAGUUCUUGGAAAAUCUGCACGGUGACUCAAGUGGAGGAAUUUAAAUCGAUCAUUCGACUGCUCCCGAUCUGGGCUUCAGGGAUUGUUUUCUCGUGCGUGUACAGCCAGAUGAGCACAAUGUUCGUUCUCCAGGGCAACACAAUGGACCCUCACAUCGGCCCCAACUUCAAGAUCCCAUCGGCAUCCUUAUCCAUCUUCGACACUCUGAGUGUCAUCUUCUGGGCGCCGGUGUACGGCCUGGUGAUCGUCCCCAUGGCAAGCAGGUUCACCGGACGGGAGCAGGGGUUCACCAUGCUGCAACGGAUGGGGAUCGGGCUCGCCAUUUCUAUCGCCUCCAUGAUGGCGGCGGGCGCGCUGGAAGUGGCUCGGCUGAACUAUGUGGUCCGGCAUAACAUGUACGACGCAAAGACUAUUCCGAUGUCCAUCUUCUGGCAGGUGCCGCAGUACUUUCUGAUCGGGUGCGCAGAAGUGUUCACGUUCAUCGGACAGCUGGAGUUCUUCUACGACCAGGCGCCCGAUGCUAUGAGGAGCCUGUGCUCGGCGCUGUCGCUGACGACGACGUCGCUGGGGAAUUACCUGAGCACGCUGCUGGUGACCAUAGUGACGAGAGCGACGAGGAGGGGCGGGAAGGCUGGUUGGAUUCCGGAUAAUUUGAACCGAGGGCAUCUGGAUUACUACUACUGGCUCCUUGCGGGGCUCAGUCUGGUUAACUUCCUGGUCUAUCUCCUAAUUGCACGUUGCUACACUUAUAAAAAGGUCAAAGUGGCAGCCGAACCUAAUUAACGACGACCUAAUUGGAAAGAUUCAGCUGCACUGAUGGAGAUGAUGGAUGGUCCAGGUUUUUAAUUUGUUGCUUCUGCUUAUCUGCUACCAUCACUUUAAACCAGAUGGAUACUCGUCAAUCUGUCUAUAUCUCUCUCUCUGCACGUGAUUUUUAAUUACUUUGUCCUGUUUGUCUCCCCAUGUUUCUUAUCAUCACUUUAAUGUUUAAACGACUUUAUAAGAUUAUGAUUAUCCAUGGUGA